GGGGAGAUAUACAACCAUAAACUGUUAGGUGAGAAGCUCAAGUCUCAUGUAUUUCGAACUGGAAGUGAUUGUGAAGUGAUAGCACAUCUUUAUGAAGAACAUGGGGAGGAAUUUGUGGACAUGUUGGAUGGGAUGUUCUCUUUUGUCCUUGUUGAUACUCGUGAUAAAAGUUAUAUUGCUGCUCGAGAUGCUAUUGGCAUUACACCUCUUUACAUGGGAUGGGGACUCGACGGUUCUGUUUGGUUUGCAUCAGAGAUGAAAGCUUUAAGUGAUGAUUGUGAAAGGUUCAUCAGUUUCCCCCCAGGGCACUUAUAUUCUAGUAAAACUGGGGAAUUGAGGAGGUGGUAUAAUCCACAAUGGUACCUUGAACAAACACCUUCCACACCAUAUGAUCCCUUGGUCUUGCGUGCAGCAUUUGAGAAGGCAGUUAUCAAGAGACUUAUGACAGAUGUUCCAUUUGGUGUACUUCUUUCUGGAGGUCUAGACUCGUCACUUGUUGCAUCUGUGACAUCUCGUUACAUGGCAGAAUCAGAAUCUGCUUCACAAUGGGGCUUACAGUUGCAUACAUUUUGCAUUGGGUUGAAGAGUUCCCCAGAUCUUAAAGCUGCCAGAGAGGUUGCAGAUUAUCUUGGAACCGCUCACCAUGAGUUUCACUUCACUGUUCAGGAAGGAAUCGAUGCUCUUGAAGACGUUAUCUACCACAUUGAAACUUAUGAUGUUACUACAAUCAGAGCAAGUACUCCAAUGUUUCUCAUGUCCCGCAAAAUCAAAUCGUUGGGUGUCAAAAUGGUCCUCUCUGGAGAGGGUGCCGAUGAGAUUUUUGGUGGCUAUUUGUAUUUCCACAAGGCACCUAACAAGGAUGAGUUCCAUCAAGAAUCAUGUCGAAAGAUUAAAGCUCUCCAUAUGUAUGACUGCCUGAGGGCCAAUAAAUCAACAUCAGCAUGGGGUGUUGAGCCUCGUGUACCAUUCUUAGACAAAGAAUUCAUCAACGUUGCCAUGAGUAUUGACCCGGAAUUCAAAAUGAUUAGGCCUGAUCUGGGAAGGAUUGAAAAAUGGGUUUUGCGUAAUGCAUUUGAUGAUGAUAAGAAGCCAUAUCUCCCAAAGCACAUUUUAUAUAGGCAGAAGGAACAGUUCAGUGAUGGUGUUGGAUACAGUUGGAUUGAUGGGCUGAAGGCUCACGCAAACGAACAGGUUACCGAUGUAAUGUUGGGACAUGCCAGCUUUGUUUAUCCUGAAAACACUCCAUUGACAAAAGAGGCAUAUUAUUAUAGGACCAUCUUUGAGAAGUUCUUUCCCAAGAAUGCGGCAAGAUUGACAGUUCCAGGAGGGCCUAGCAUAGCUUGCAGCACAGCGAAAGCAGUAGAAUGGGAUGAGACAUGGUCGAAGAACCUUGACCCAUCUGGGCGCGCUGCAAUUGGGGUUCAUUCCGAUGCUUACGAUAAAGCAGCAGCAGCAGCAGUAGGAAAUUCCAAUGGUUGUACUUAACUUGUAAUUCAAUAUUAGAAGAUCAAUCUCAAAUGAGAAUGUUAUUAUUAUUAUUAUUACAAUGGUCUAUAGUUGUUUAUUUAGUUAUUUGCCAAAGACAUUUGGUAACACUAGUGAAGUGUAAGUUAUGUCAAAAUUAUCUGCUCUUUCUCUCUUAGAUUGGAUAAUAAGCAGUUCUGUAUUAUUAUAUUUGUGGACAAA